UAUGUUGUUUGUGAGAAAGAGGCAUUACAAUCGAAAAUAAUUUAUAAGUAACGGAAGAAUCAUCUGUUAUAAAAUACAUAUACAAAUUAACUAUAUGUGAACUUAUAUGUUUUAAAUUGUACCGCGCUGAUGUUUGAAUUUUCCCACUUUUUGUAACGAUUUAUGUUUCAUGCAGGUUACGACAGUUGUCAACAUGCUGAAAGUAUUUUCAUUGAUAUCAAUCCGUUAAACAUACGUGAGAAUUACUUGCAUCAACACAAAAUUCAGUUAAACAAUUAUGGACAAGGAUGAUGAAGAAAGGCAAACAAAUUUAGGAGAUGAAAAACAAUUUUUGGUUUCUGUGGAGAAUACUCUAAAGACCGUCAAAAGAAGCAUCCAUAAGUUUGUAACAGAUGUCCCUCAAGCACUUGUUAAUUCUGGAUUAGAUAUAGAUUUAAAGAAACUAAAUAUAGAAGAUGGUCAAAAUAUUCAGGAUCUUAUUUCUUCAUUUCCAAAAUCAUUCACUGAUCAAAUAAAUAAGGAAGAGAAAGAGAAAAUUUCAGCCAUAGAACUAAAGUGUGAACAAUUGCACAGUCAACUCCAACAGCAAGUGGACAGAAACAAAAAGGCACAGGAAGAAAUAGAAUAUCUAAGAGAACAAAUAUUGAAUCAAAGUACAUAUUGUGCAACUUUGGGAGCAGUUUUAGGCAAUUUAACAUGGCGUGCAUCUCGCCUCCCAGAAAUUGUCGACGUUUGGCUUUCUGGGUUUCAGCACAUGAUCGGCGAAUUUUUAUCGAUAACAGACGGAAGUUUCGUCGCUUUUAUAAACACUUAUCGAAAUGCUUUCCCCCCCACAUGCAACGUCGAAUAUCAGUUUAUAAUUGGCUUGUUAGGCAUUGUAUCAAAUAUAUCUGCAACACCCGAGGGACGUGAAUUUUUAAUGACUGAUCCGAAUGGUAGAGCUUUUGUACAAAAAAUGAUGAAACUCAUGCCCACUUUGCCACUUUCGCAAGGUUCCUUAUCACUAAAGAGAUUAAUGCUGAUGACAUUUUAUAAUGUCAGUAUGAAUAAAACCGGGCUGCAGUAUCUUUUCGAGUCACGAGUAAGCGACGUGUUAAAUUGUUAUUUGAGGAACAAUUCGCUACCAGAUGAGACACAGUUCCUCUGUCUGCGCGUGUUGCAUUCGAUGACAUAUGGUUUAACGAAUCCCAAAUACAUUCAAGACUUAAUCACCACCCUACCGAUCAGCAAAAUAGAAGAUAUCGCUAUUUCGAACAAAAAUGAAAUGAGUACAGUCGCGAAACAAGUGAUAAAACAGUUGCGAGAUUCACAGAAAUUUAUUCGUAUGAAUUGAGCGCGUGACUAUCAGGAUUUUCUUCUCCAUUCGAUAAGCUCAAGUUGAAAUUUGUUAAUAACAAAGGAAUUUUUGUUUAUGUAACUAAUCUUUUAGAUUAAUGGGAAUUAAAAGAUUCUAUUUUACAAUUGCGUUGCUAUCAAACAACAGAAUAUAUCUUUAGAACGUGUUCGUGACUAGUCUGACAACUGUCGAAUAUCGAUCUGCCUUAUACAGCUACAAAAUAAAAGCAAUUGUGCGGGAUAAUAUACGGAAUAGUACAAAAUCGAUUAUACACACGGUUAAAUAGUAAAACGUAAUCGGGCGCACAAAUAUUUUCUGAUUAAUUAAAAUAAUUACACAAGUAGUUUUUAAUAGAAUAGACACGACGUUUAUUUACUUUAUGGACUUACAUCUCGAAAAAACGGUGAUUUAUGGCAAAGUAAGUAGUUUUUCUUAAAUUAAAGAUUUCAUUUAAAAUAUUAGAGUUAAGCUUAUUUAACGCAAAUAAUUGGUACAUAAUUGGUGAACAUGCUAUUCUAAAUUUCAUUGAGCAUCCACAGCCAACUCCGAAAGUUGCAAUAAAACUACAGUUAUCUGAUUUCUAAGAGAUAAACUUUGAACGCUUUGAACUCAUAAAUGUACUUCUGUUCCAAUAAAUCAAAUAAUUACA